AUGGGAGAGCGAGGCCCGGGCCGCUCCCCCGGGUCGGUGGCCGGGCUGCGGGGCCGGGAGGGCCGAUACGCGCCCGGCCGGUCCUCCCAUUCUCAUUCGAGGGAGCGCUUCCUGGGAGGGAGGGGCGAGAAUCUGGGGAUCCCAGGGGUCCAGGAGGGCAGGGUGAGGGUCCAGAGGAUCCGGGGGUGCGGGCAGGGUGUGGGUGGUGGCCUGUGGGUGGGCUUGGAGCGGGCAGAGGCUGCAGAUGCGGACGGGCCAGCGGAUGGGCUGCAGCGGCGGCUCUCUCCGGCCAGGCCCCGGCCCGGGACCAACCGCCUCUCGUCCCGUUGGCAUUGGCGAGGGCGAUUUUUCCGGCUUGAGUCGUGCCCGAGGAAGGAGAGGGCAGAGGCGGCUUGCCAUUGCCGGGGAAGCUACCUGCACCCGCGAGACCGGCCCGAAGGGCACCAUCCAUCCUCUGCCCCUUCGCCGCGCCCGGGAAAUGCCCGGCUGCUAUUUCCCCUAAAGACGCAACACCAGGGUGGAAGAGCCGCAGGGAAGAGCACCAUCGUCUUUGAACAAAGGAUGACUCUUCUAUUCAAGAACCUUCUGCUGAGAAGCAGCAUGACCUAGAGGAAAAAGCACAGGCCUAGGAG